AUGAGAAAUCCAUUGGAUAUAAGAAAAGAACAUAAAACAAUAAAAUUGGCCAAGAAGCUACAAGAUGAAGCCAAUAAAGAAUGGGAAUCAGAACUUAAGCGAAGAAGAGAACAAGAAUUGAACGACGAAGCUAUUGCCAAGGAAUUACAGGCUCAACUUGAAGAGGAAAGUCGAACAACUGCAUCACCUUCAUCCACAGCGACUUUAAAUAUGCCUCCAGGAAUGGCUCAAAACAGUUCACCUCCGCCUUUGCCGGCAAAACCAACUGCUUACAAUUCAGCAUCCAGUAACGAUUCAUCGAUCCUUCCGCUAUAUAGCUUGAGCGAUUCUCCAAAGCCAAACAUAUACCCUAGAUUGCCCUCACGAACAUCAGAUAAUAUGGCCUCCGAAAAUCCUCCAUCAACAUACAAACCGGGGCUGCAGUUUACAAUAUCUUCUCCAGCCCCACAGCCAAGCACAGUCUUCAAUACACCCACGCCACCAUUACCAGUCAGAAAGGCACAUGAUGACUUCUCAGCAAUCUGUAAAGAGACCGCUCAAAGCAGUCCUCAUCAGUCAAUUCGACCUGGUAUGAAUCAAAGCGUUAUUGGCUAUCAAGACAAAAGUAUCAAGCCUUCGUCUGCUUUCAACGACUUACCUAUAAAAAGCCAGUCUUCUAACAGUACUAUAUUGAGAAUGGAGAUGCCAACACCUACUGUUACACCAAACAACAACUAUGAUUCCAGUGCUUCAUUUUAUGUAUCCCCUACUAAUAACGCCUUUAAUCCCGGCGUAACAAGUGCUUACAGCUUUUCAAAUGGUAACAGCUUUCCAGUUCUGCAAAACAACGGUACAAUGUGCUCUCCUGUUCCAUUUACUUCUCGUCAAAGUGAUCCCAUUGUUCUACCUUUUGAUGAGCAAGCAGCAACGAAUAUUCAUUCACAACUUUCCAAUUCGGUUACGGCUCAAAAUAAUCAAUGCGCUCAGUAUACGAAUGAUAAAAGCUAUCCGACUCACAAUACUGAGAGCAUCCCAUACAUACAGCAACCUCUACAACAACAUGAUAUAGUUUAUCCAUCUUUCCAGCCUUUAAUGCAUAAUAAUGUGAGUUCAACUGACAAUGGUCAAAAUAGCCAUGCUUAUCAUCAGCCCUCUUCUACUCAUCCACAGCAAUAUAGUAACGUAUCAUCUGUGAAUCACGAAUUACAGCAGCAGCCAAAUGCACAGUCAUCCCUUACACAAUCGAGGAACAAUAUGAGUCUUUACUCUGAUAACUCACAAGCAUCUACAUAUAAACAAUCAGUCCCGCUAGCCGCCGUAGCUUCCAAUCAAAAUAUUCCUUCAAAUGUCCAUUAUAAAAACGAUAGCAAUACUCUGAAUCUUCAGCCAUCAAUACCAGUUAUUUCCACUAUUGAAAAGCAUAAUGAAUAUACCCCCAUUUAUAAAAAGCAUACCGAAAAACCAUUAUUUUCUAGCUCUACUAUAUCGUUGAAGCCUGAUGAAGGAUCCGUGCAUAGUGAUACAGAAGAUGACAUUGAAUAUGAUCAAAAUGCCGAUGUAAUGGUCAAUGAAUUCAAGCAUAGAAAGGUUAUUGCACAGCCUUCUAUCGACAAAAAGUCCGUCAAAAAUCGGCCGCCUACACCCAUCGAAUCGGCUACCAUCGAAACAAAUGUAGAAAAUUUUUCUGAUGAUGAUACAAGAGCAGAUGACACUACUUCUGAAGUCGAUUAUUCUGAUAUGAUUUACAAAAAAGGAAGCGAAAAAUCGUUAAGGCAGAGGGAUGAGAAGGACGGCUGGAAAAUGAUUAAAAAGGCAGAACAAGUAACUGAUGAGUCACAGCUGCAACCGCAGCAACAAUCACGGCAACAACAAGGAGAAGAAGAAGACAGUGCUGAAGACAGCGAAGAUGAAGAAUGGCAAGAUGAUGCUAUUGAUCCAUUUGCUGACAAUGUCGAUACCGAUUUGAUGACAGGAUCGACAACAGCCAAUAAACCAACAAUGACUGUGAAGGAAAAGCGUAGAGAGUCAAACUUAGUAACCACACUGAGCCCUACAUUAGAAAUUAUCGACCCAACCAUGCCAAAGAACGAUGAAAAUUCCCAGCGCGUAUCAGCAUUACUAGCAGACUCACAAAAGAAGAAAAAGAAGGAAGGCGUAAAAAGCAUUCAAAUUGAAAGUUCACAGACAUAUAUGGAUGGGCCACGGCAAUAUGCUGAGAAAGAAAGCAAGGAUAUCGAGGAUGUGCCUUUCGUUAGAUCAACAAUGACACCACUUCAAGCGAGUAACAGCUAUUCAGGCUCAAUCCAUUCAAUUACAUUUAGUACACCCAUUGCGGCUACGAUGACAUCAGCACCAUCAAUAGCGGUAGAAAGGCCAGAAUACGCUUAUCGUGGGUAUUCAUUACCUGCCACUGCUUCUAUGCAGACUGCUACUGCGACUACCCCGUACGAACAAUGGCAUUUCCCAAAUGAUAAAGCUGCACCUUUUUCAAACACAAACACUUCAUCUGCUGAUCCAACUUUGAGAAUGUAUUCCGAACACCAAUUGAAAGUAAAUGCGCCUAUUCAUGCCCCAACUACGGUAGUAGAAACAGAGCAUCAAUUCCGUUCAGGAGUGGUUCCUGCCACUGAUUUUGGGUAUUUGAAAGAAGGUGAAAAACGGAACAAAUCGUUACCGACAUUACCUAACGCAACUGCAAGCGAGGACCGCCAUAUCACUGUAGCGAGUAUUAACCCAGGUCAACGUGUUUGGAUUCGCAUUCAACCUACUGACACGGGUAAAGCUUUAGCAGAAAGAAUUCAAGUUGUUGCUUCCUAUCGAACAAGACGAGUUACAAAGAUUAUCAGUAAAAACGGUCGCGAUAUACCCUUAAACAAUAAACCUUUAUUCGAUGAUUGGAAUGAACUUUUGAAUUUUACAGAUGGUGAAACAUGGAAAGUGGAAUGGGUCCCAAUCGAAAACCCAUAUGUAGAUAUUAUUACUGAAGGAAAAGAGUUUAUGAAGCAGCUUAAAGCUACAUUAAGAAGUGGUACUUCGUCCUCGGAUUCAUAG